AUAUUGCAUGGGGAACUUCAUACUGUCCAGUCAACGUGAGAGUCAGUGAGAGCACCGCAGCAAACUGCAGGAGUGAAACGACAGGGACUCUUGCAAGGGCUAGUUCAAGAAGAAUACGGCCAUAAACUUGCAAACAUAACACGGUCAGUAAAACUACAACAGGCUGCUUAAAGGAAUGAGCAGCAAGUGAUAUAAACAAAGAUUCGGUAACAAUGAAACUGGAAAAGAAUUAAAACACAAGUCCUUUAAUAUAAUAGUCUGAGGAAUGAGCAAUCAAGAUUCAGAAAACUAUAUGACACCUCAAGUGUAGUAAAAUUAAAUUGAUGCAACAAUUACAGUCUCGAUUGAAAGAUUGGGAGGUCGAACUGACAUAGCCUGGGCAAUGUUUUAAGGAAAGCCUUGGAAUUGACGAGGAUUUGCGAAGAAGUAUAUUUGAAAGGAAAAAAUGAGGAGACGUUGUGUUAACACAUGAAGAAAAUAAAGACAUCGAAUCUGAGAAAACAGAGAGAUUUUAACUCAAAACGCCACCAUUAAAAGCAAAUCUAAUCAGGACAAACUCGGAGAUAUGCAGCGAGUCACCCGUCUCGAAACUUGAACACUAACUUGUUAAGUACUGCAUUAGCUGAAAAUAAUGUGCAAGAUUUUAUAAUUUGAAGUCUAUUGCCCAAUGUUUGCUCACAACAUUGAGAAAAUGGUUUACAGGCUUCCUUCAGGCAUACGAUAUUGAUAAUGGGGCAAAGGCUCCAUCUAGUGAGCAAGAUCUAACACUACAAGAACACUUCAGCACCAAUAUGCCUUUAACCGCUCUUCCAGCUGAAAUGAUCAUCGGUAAUGGGUGUGUCAAAACAGAGCUCCUUGAGCGUCACUAUAAUUACACAGGGAAAUUCAACAAAAAGGCAAAAACCACUGAUGGCAUGGACCUAACUACUGUGGCCUUUCUGAUCAUCUGCAGCUUCAUAGUGCUUGAAAACCUCAUGGUCCUCCUAGCCAUUUGGAAAAACAACAAAUUCCAUAAUCGCAUGUACUAUUUCAUUGGCAAUUUAGCCCUGUCCGACCUGCUGGCAGGAAUAGCUUACAAAGUAAACAUCCUCAUGUCCGGAAGGAAGACUUUUGGCCUCACACCAACUGUAUGGUUCAUCAGGGAAGGGAGCAUGUUUGUAGCAUUGGGAGCCUCCACCUUUAGUUUGCUAGCAAUAGCAAUCGAGAGGCACAUGACUAUGAUAAAAAUGAGACCCUACGAUGUUAGUAAAAAGUACAGAGUUUUCCUUCUCAUUGGCGCCUGUUGGCUGAUAUCCAUUUUACUUGGUGCUUUGCCUAUCCUUGGUUGGAACUGUAUCUGCAACUUCUCAGAGUGUUCCACAGUCCUGCCCCUCUACUCCAAAACCUACGUUGUAUUCUGUAUCAGCAUCUUCAGUGCAAUUUUGCUGGCCAUUGUAAUACUUUAUGCUCGUAUUUAUAUAUUGGUUAAGAGAAGUAGCCGCAAAGUUUCAAACAGAAAAUUCACAAAGAACAAUUCUGAGAGAUCCAUGGCUCUGCUAAAGACAGUGGUGAUCGUUGUAGGGAUUUUCAUUGCAUGUUGGUCCCCACUUUUCAUUUUCUUGCUCCUUGAUGUGGCCUGUAAACCAAACAAGUGUAGUAUACUCUAUCAAGAAGAUUGGUUUAUUGCAAUUGCAGUCCUCAAUUCUGGCAUGAAUCCCAUUAUCUACACUGUGGCCAGCAAGGAGAUGCGUCGGGCUUUCUUCCGUCUCCUCUGUGGCUGCCUAACCAGUACGAGAGUCUCCAAGGCCCUGCCAAUUCAGUCAGCUGCAGAUAACAGCAAAAGCAAGUCCAGUGGCAGUAAUCCACAAAAACCGAAAGAGGGAGAGCUCCCAGAAAUUAAUACUCCUUCAGAUGUAAUCAAGGCAGUGGACUUAACAACGCCCACUGGAGAAUAUUGACCUUUAAUGGCUAAACUGCCUUAAUAUACAGUAUUACCUUCCCAAGUUAACAACUCUUAAAACAGUAUUUUUUUUAUAAACUCUUAAAUCCCUUUUAAACAGAUCUGUUUUUAUAGCAUCUGUGGAGAGAGAAACAGAGUUAACUCUGAAGAAGUCACACAGACUCGA